CCCCUGGUGUCUUAAGAGGCCUAGUCCAGCUGAAGAAUCAAGUAGAGCUGCUUGGAGCCAAACCAAGCCAACAUAAUGUCAGGAAAGAAAAGCCAUGAGAGCUCUUAUCAGACUCAAGCCCAUCUUAUAACAACCGAGCUCCAAGUCCCUGUGAGCUACGUGGACCGCCUCCUGCAGGAGAAUCAAUACAACCAUCCCCUGAGUUCAUCCACAACUGAUUUCCUCCUUACCAUGCUCGACUACCUCACUGAUUACAUCCUGGACGUGGUAGGCACUGAGGCCAACAACAGCAACAUGCCGACUGCCCCACAAGAUGUGGAGAGAGCAGUGGACAGCAGCGGAGAGCCCUACCACCGCUCGAAGGAUACAGCCUUCACGCUGUUUGAUGAGAUGCCUGGAUCCAGAAGAAAUGGCUAAAGCCUGGGUCCCCAGGACUUUUGGGAGUCCUCACAGCCUUAGUUCAAGCCAAGUCUCUUCUCAUAGCUGAGGAAGCCUGACUUCUGUCAUCAGUAGAUACCAUUAAAGG